AGCAGAGAAUACAUAGACUUCCGUUAAAACCAGAGUGAGGAAAAUACUUUUCUCUUGCAUCGUAGGAGGAAGAAAACAAACACAUCAGAUAUUUUCAGCACCAAAAGAGAUGGUUUUCCCCACAUAUAUGUAAAAGAAAUUUGCAAGACUACUGGCAUUCUCCACUGAUUGUACAAUUUUGAGAACCAGAGUUGAGGUCUGUUUAAAGGGUCUCAGCAGAUGGAAGAGGUCCUGGGUCAAUGACAUAUACUUGCUGUAAUCAGAGAAAUGCAGAGGGAUGAGUAUGCCUGGCCACAGAUACAGGUAUCAGAAUGGCAAAGCAACUGAACCUUCCAGAAAAUACAGAUGAUUGGACAAAAGAGGAUGUAAAUCAGUGGUUAGAAAGUCAUAAGAUUGACCAAAAACACAGGGAAAUUUUGACCGGACAAGACGUGAAUGGAGCAGUCUUGAAGUGGUUAAAAAAAGAACAUCUUGUUGAUAUGGGCAUCACACAUGGACCAGCUAUUCAAAUAGAAGAACUAUUCAAAGAAUUGCGGAAAACAGCCAUUGAAGAUUCGAUUCAGAUGUCUAAGAUGGGAAAGCCCAGUAAAAAUGCUCCUAAAGACCAAACUGUGUCUCAAAAGGAACAUAGAGAAACUUCAAAGCAAAAACAAAAGGAUAAAGAGAACCCAGAUAUGGCUAAUCCGUCUACAAUUAGUACAAUUGCUAAAAGUUCUAAGUCACUAAAAGUUGAGCUCAUGGAAGAUCAAAUAGAUUAUACAAAGGAAAGGCAACCGUCCAUAGACCUGAAUUGUGUAUCAUACCCAUUUGAUGAAUUCAGUAAUCCAUAUCGUUACAAGUUGGAUUUUAUUCUACAGCCUGAAACAGGACCAGGCAAUCUCAUUGAUCCAAUACAUGAAUUCAAAGCCUUCACAAAUACAGCAACAGCCACAGAAGAGGAUGUCAAGAUGAAAUUUAGCAAUGAGGUUUUCCGAUUUGCUUCAGCUUGUAUGAAUUCACGUACCAAUGGCACUAUUCAUUUUGGAGUCAUAGACAAACCCCAUGGGAAAAUUGUUGGCAUCAAAGUCACCAGUGAUACCAAGGAAGCCCUCAUUAACCAUUUCAAUCUGAUGAUAAACAAGUAUUUUGAAGACCAUCAGGUCCAACAAGCAAAGAAGUGCAUUCGAGAGCCAAGAUUUGUGGAAGUUUUACUGCCAAAUAGUACUCUAUCUGACAGAUUUGUUAUUGAAGUGGACAUUAUUCCACAGUUCUCUGAAUGCCAAUAUGAUUAUUUCCAGAUUAAAAUGCAAAAUUACAACAACAAAACAUGGGAACAAAGUAAAAAAUUCUCACUAUUUGUGCGAGAGGGGACCAGCUCUAAGGACAUUAUGAAAAAUAAAGUUGAUUUCAGAACAUUUAAAGCCGAUUUUAAAACACUAGCAGAGUCCAGAAAAGCAGCAGAAGAAAAAUUCAGAGCAAAAACAAAUAAAAAAGAAAGGGAGGGACCAAAGUUGGUUAAAUUAUUGACAGGAAAUCAAGAUUUGUUAGAUAAUUCAUACUAUGAACAGUACAUUCUUGUAACAAAUGAAUGCCACCCAGAUCAAACAAAACACUUAGAUUUCCUGAAGGAAAUUAAAUGGUUUGCUGUAUUGGAGUUUGAUCCUGAGUCUAACAUCAAUGGAGUGGUCAAAGCUUACAAAGAAAGCCGAGUAGCAAACCUUCAUUUUCCAAGUGUAUAUGUAGAAGAGAAAACCACACCAAAUGAGAUGAUUUCUACUCUAAAUCUUUACCAUCAACCCAGCUGGAUUUUCUGCAAUGGCAGGUUAGACCUUAACAGUGAAAAAUAUAAACCCUUUGAUCCAAGUUCCUGGCAAAGAGAAAGAGCUUCUGAUGUCAGGAAACUGAUUUCAUUUCUUACACGUGAAGACAUAAUGCCAAGAGGGAAGUUUUUGGUGGUAUUUCUUUUACUGUCCUCUGUGGAUGACCCAAGAGAUCCCCUCAUUGAGACUUUCUGUGCUUUCUACCAGGAUCUCAAAGGAAUGGAAAAUAUACUGUGUAUUUGUGUACACCCACACAUAUUUCAGGGAUGGAAAGAUCUACUUGAAGCAAGAUUAAUAAAACACCAAGAUGAAAUUUCAAGCCAAUGUAUUUCUGCUUUAAGCCUUGAAGAGAUCAAUGGCACUAUUCUUAAACUAAAAUCUGUGACUCAAUCUUCAAAAAGACUUUUGCCAUCUAUUGGUUUAUCGACUGUCCUUCUGAAAAAGGAAGAAGAUAUCAUGACUGCCCUGGAAAUUAUCUGUGAAAAUGAAUGUGAGGGUACACUGUUAGAGAAGGACAAAAAUAAAUUCCUUGAAUUCAAGGCAUCAAAAGAGGAAGACUUCUAUCGAGGUGGCAAAGUGUCAUGGUGGAACUUCUACUUCUCUUCUGAAAGUUAUUCUUCACCUUUUGUCAAAAGGGAUAAAUAUGAAAGACUUGAAGCAAUGAUUCAAAACUGUGCAGAUUCUUCUAAACCAACAAGUACCAAAAUUAUUCAUCUGUAUCAUCAUCCAGGCUGUGGGGGAACUACCUUGGCUAUGCACAUUCUCUGGGAACUAAGGAAGAAAUUCAGAUGUGCUGUGCUGAAAAACAAGACAGUGGAUUUUUCUGAAAUUGGAGAACAGGUAACCAGUUUAAUCACCUAUGGGGCAAUGAACCGUCAGGAAUAUGUACCUGUACUGCUCCUUGUUGAUGAUUUUGAAGAACAAGAUAACGUCUAUCUUCUGCAGUACUCUAUUCAAACAGCUAUAGCUAAAAAGUACGUUCGAUAUGAAAAACCUCUGGUGAUUAUCCUAAAUUGUAUGAGAUCACAAAAUCCUGAAAAAAGUGCAAGGAUCCCAGACAGUAUUGCCGUAAUACAGCAACUCUCUCCCAAAGAACAGAGAGCUUUUGAGCUUAAAUUGAAAGAAAUCAAAGAACAGCAUAAAAACUUUGAGGAUUUUUAUUCUUUUAUGAUCAUGAAAACCAAUUUUAAUAAAGAAUACAUAGAAAAUGUGGUCCGGAAUAUCCUGAAAGGGCAGAAUAUUUUCACCAAGGAAGCAAAGCUCUUUUCUUUUCUGACUCUUCUUAAUUCAUAUGUGCCUGAUACCACCAUUUCACUAUCACAGUGUGAAAAAUUCUUAGGAAUUGGAAACAAGAAGGCUUUCUGGGGGACAGAAAAAUUUGAAGACAAGAUGGGCACUUACUCUACAAUUCUGAUAAAAACAGAGGUCAUCGAAUGUGGGAACUACUGUGGAGUACGCAUCAUUCACUCUUUGAUUGCAAAGUUCUCACUGGAAGAAUUGAAGAAAAGCUAUCACCUGAAUAAAAGUCAAAUUAUGUUGGAUAUGCUAACUGAGAAUUUGUUCUUCGAUACUGGUAUGGGAAAAAGUAAAUUUUUGCAAGAUAUGCACACACUCCUACUCACAAGACACCGCGAUGAACAUGAAAGUGAAACAGGAAAUUGGUUUUCCCCAUUUAUUGAAGCAUUACAUAAAGAUGAAGGAAAUGAAGCGGUUGAAGCUGUAUUGCUUGAAGGUAUCCGUCGGUUCAACCCAAAUGCAUUCAUUUGCCAAGCGUUGGCAAGACAUUUCUACAUUAAAAAGAAGGACUUUGACAAUGCUCUAAACUGGGCAAAAGAAGCAAAAAUCAUAGAACCUGACAAUUCUUAUAUCUCAGAUACACUGGGUCAAGUCUACAAAAGUAAAAUAAGAUGGUGGAUAGAGGAAAACGGAGGAAACAGGAACAUUUCAGUUGAUGAUCUAAUUGCUCUUUUGAAUUUAGCAGAACAUGCCUCAAGUGCAUUCAAAGAAUCUCAACAACAAAGUGAAGAUAGAGAGUAUGAAGUGAAGGAAAGAUUGUAUCUGAAGUCAAAAAGGAGGUAUGAUACUUACAAUAUAGCUGGUUAUCAAGGAGAGAUAGAAGUUGGGCUUUACACAAUCCAAAUUCUCCAGCUCAUUCCUUUUUUUGAUAAUAAAAAUGAGCUAUCUAAAAGAGAUAUGGUCAAUUUUAUAUCAGGAAGUAGUGAUAUUCCAGGGGAUCCAAACAAUGAAUAUAAAUUAGCCCUCAAAAACUAUAUUCCUUAUUUAACUAAAUUGAAAUUUUCUUUGAAAAAGUCCUUUGAUUUUUUUGAUGAAUACUUUGUCCUGCUAAAACCCAGGAACAAUAUUAAGCAAAAUGAAGAGGCCAAAACUCGGAGAAAGGUGGCUGGAUAUUUUAAGAAAUAUGUAGAUAUAUUUUGUCUCUUAGAAGAAUCACGAAAAACAGAUCCUGGAUCAAAGUUCAGUGAGCCACUUCAAGUAGAGAGAUGCAGGAGAAACCUAGUAGCUUUAAAAGCAGACAAGUUUUCUGGGCUCUUGGAAUAUCUUAUCAAAAGUCAAGAGGAUGCUAUAAGCACUAUGGAAUGUAUAGUGAAAGAAUAUACUUUUCUCUUAGAACGAUGCGCUGUCAAAAUCCAGUCAAAAGAAAAGCUAAAUUUCAUCUUGGCCAACAUUAUCCUCUCCUGUAUCAAACCUACCUCCAGAUUAGUAAAGCCAGUUGAAAAACUAAAAGAUCAGCUUCGAGAAGUCUUGCAACCAAUAGGACUGACUUAUCGGUUUUCAGAACCGUAUUUUCUAGCUUCCCUCUUAUUCUGGCCAGAAAAUCAACAACUAGAUCAACAUUCUAAACAAAUGAAAGAGUAUUCUCAAGCACUGGAAAAUUCUUUCAAGGGGCAAUAUAAACAUAUGCAUCGUACAAAGCAACCAAUUGCAUAUUUCUUUCUUGGAAAAGGUGAAAGACUGAAAAGACUUGUUCACAAAGGAAAAAUUGACCAGUGCUUUGAAAAGACACCAGAUAUUAAUUCCUUGUGGCAGAGUGGAGAUGUGUGGAAGGAGGAAAAAGUUCAAGAACUUUUGCUUCGUUUACAAGGUCGAGCUGAAAAUAAUUGUUUAUAUAUAGAAUAUGGAAUCAAUGAAAAAAUCACAAUACCCAUCACUCCUGCUUUUUUAGGUCAACUUAGAAGUGGCAGAAGCAUAGAGAAGGUGUCUUUUUACCUGGGAUUUUCCAUUGGAGGCCCACUUGCUUAUGACAUUGAAAUUGUUUAAGAGCCUGAUAUUCUUCCUCCAAGAAUUUGAUCUCAGUACCCACUUAAUUUUUUUAGACUCAAGAUCUAUGCUUUAAACUGGCAAGGUUAUAGAUACAGCCUCUAGCUCUUCAGACCUGUACAUGCAGUAUUCAAUUUCCUCUUAAACAUGUUAUGAGUCCUAUAAAGACAAUAGUGAAAAAGGAAGGAGUGAGAUAUAUGAAAAGUAGCAAAUAUGUUCCUUGAUUUGGUUAACAUCAUUGAUGACAAAAUAAUAAGGAGCUAUGACUGGAAUCAGGAGAAGUUAGUGUAAUAAGCUGGCUACACAGAACCCCACUACUUACCAGGCAUGGAUUGAAGAAGAUUGUCUACUCAAAUGGCAUUUAGACAUUAGAAUGUCUGGGAAAAUAUUUCUCAAAGAGAGCAAAAACCUCUCAAACUGGGGAGCAACAUUUAUUCUUACUAAGCAGAUCAUCAAUGUAUCAUGUGCUUGGCACUCAAGGAUCUUCCAAAACAGAGGACCAACCAGUCUUCUGAAGGUCAUGCCCACAGAAGUCAUCAGACCUUAACAAAGUAGGCUGGAGAAUUAGAUUGCCUUUUCAUGCAGUGAGAGUCAGUUAAGCAAAAAUGAAAUUUGUCUCUAUAGCUAAUUAGCCUAUCAACUCCCCUCCAAACAAACAAUUAAAAAAACACACACACACACUCAAAUUCCACAAGCUAAUGAACAAAAGGGACUCUUGUGAGAAGACUAAUGAGUCCCUCAUCCAGAAGAUGCCAAUGUACUGGCAGAUUAACAUAUAACCUAUGUUUUGAACAAAAACAACCAGAGAUAUGUAAUCAAAAUGUAAUUUUCCCCUAAUAAAAUUAUGGAUAUGGGCAGUCAUCAAUGGCUGCCAAAACCAUUACGUGGAAAGCUGAUUUAAAAAAAAAAACUUUAUAAUGGAUUUAUCAAACUGUCCCAAAUCCUGAUAAAUAUUAACAUCACAGAGGAAGACCAGACAUUAUGGGCCUGGAAGUACUACAGGAGUGCACACAUCACCCAUGAGAUGGUCUUGCCAAAUAAUUAAACCUGAAUUUGAUCAGGUCUCUGGAUCUUAUUUUCAAUUCAAAAGAAAUAAAAAAAAAUUCUAACACCACCACAAAUAUGAAAUCAGCAAUAGCCAGAAAGUGGAAAUUCACAGGACAAAAACCUGGUUUCUUCAACCAAAAAAGAAAGAAAGAAAUUGCAAAGGACCAAAAAAGUGUUGGGGAAUCUAUACAUUAUAAGGGACUUAACAACUAAAGGGCAACACAUAGACUUUAGAUCCUAAUUUGACCAAAAUCUAAAAUCAAUUACUAGGCAAUCAGAAAAACUUGAACACAGACUAGAUAUUUGAGGAUAUUAAGGUCCUAUAUUAUUGAAGAUUACAUGGUUAUGUUUUUUUAAAAGUUCGUGCCUUUUAGAGAUACAUACUAAAGUAUUUGUAAAUAAAUGAUAUGAUCUAGAAUUAGUAAUUUUGUGUUUGCGGUGUGGGGGUGGUGAAAGGGAAGUAGAACCGAAACAGUAUUGGUUCUGAGUUAACAAUGGCUGCAUACUGAGUUAACAAUGGCUGCAUAAUGGAAUUCAGCACACUUUUCUCUCUCUUACUGAUUAUGCUUUUGAAAUUUUCUCUUGUAAAACAUUUAGAAAACAAAAACAAAAAAAAUGUGAUUUGUUUCUGUCUUCAAAAUCUCAUUAGAAUUUUUUCACUGGAGGAAGAUUUUCCCUUGCUUCUGCAUAAAAUUUUAACUCCAUAACUUAUGAGCUCACUCUUUAUUGUUACUUUUUAAUUGACAAAUAAAAAUUGUAUAUAUUUAUGGUGUUCAGCCUGAUGUUUUGAUAUAGGUAUAUACUGUGAAAUGACUAAAUGAAGGUAAUUAAUAUAUCCAUCACCUCUCAAGCCUGCUUGUGUGUGUGAUGAGAACAUUUAAAAUCAACUCUCUUAACAAUUUUCAAGUAUACAAUACAUUAUUAUUAACUAUAAUCAUCAUGUUGUACAAUAGAUUUCCAAAAUUUAUUCCUCCUAACUGAAACUUUGUACCCUUUGACCAACAUCGCAUUUCCCACUACCUCCCUCGCUGCCCCUGCAAUCCUGGAAACCACCAUUCAAAUUUCUGCUUCUGUGAGUUUAGCUUUUUUAGAUUCCACAUCCAAUCUGAAAUCAUGCAGUAUUGGUCUUUCUGUGCCUGGCUCAUUUCACUUCAGCUCAAUUUUUAAAACAUAAAAGAAAUCCUCUGGUCAAACGGAGUUUCAAUUAGAAUGUCCAGUCACGUUUUUCUCUGAAGCCACUUCCCAGUCUGCUC